ACUCUCUAGUGGUCUGAGGACAGAAAGGGUUGGCGUAGUGAAAACGUGAGAUGCAGCCGAUCUCAAUGUAACGUAAGGACACCACUCUUAGUGCAGAAUGGUUAACAAUGCGAAACGUUCGUCUUCUAAAAGCAAUCAGUCAGAAACGCCAUCAAAGCCACUACUAUUUAAGGCUCUGACUGCUGACUUCCCUUGGUCUGACAAGGAUGAGUUUCUGGACGUCAUUUACUGGAUGAGACAGAUUAUGGGUGUUGUACUUGGCUUGUUAUGGGGACUUAUCCCACUCAAGGGGAUCUUGGGUAUUGCUCUAUUCUUGCUGGUCAAUGUUGCUAUUGUAUACAUAUACAGCAGCUCUUUCCAAAAGGUUGAUGAAGAAGAAUAUGGAGGAAUUGGAGAGAUCUUAAAAGAAGGCCUAAUGACAUCAUUUUCUUCAUUUAUGGUAUCAUGGAUAAUUCUUUACUCAUCAUUGUAUGGAGAGAUUUCCUAGCAGAAACAUGGCUAGACAAAAAAGAAAAACGGGGUGGGGGUCGGGCAAAAGGCAACAUCUUGUUAGCAUGUGUUUAUUAUACGCAGCAGUUUAUGCAUCUACCCAGCAAGCUAGUCUUCUCACAGUCACUCAGUCCAGCAGUCAUCGCUCCGCAAGAGGCCAGCAAGAGCAUCAGCAUUCAGUUUUAGACGCUUCCUCCCACCGUCUCCCACAUCGCCACACUCUUCCCUCCCACAGUCUCCGCAUCUUCUUUGUAACUUGUGUCUGCUUUGUGCACAGCAGUUCUGUGAGUAUAUAUCCCUGAUUCAUUCUGAUGCAUAAGACGAUGACAUUGCCCGUGGGUUAUUUUGAAGUAAUAGCAGAAUUCUGGCACACGUUUUUGCAGUCAAACCUGUGUCUGUGCAACAAAAUUUGUUGUUUUUAGUCCAUUGCUACAUAGAAUUUUAUCUACAGAGCUCAAGUUAUUCUUGAUGUUACAUCUGUCAUUUAUCAGUUAUCUUACUUGUAUGUCAGUUGUUUGUUAAUUUCUUGUGUGGUUUUUGGGUUUGUUUUGUUUUGUGGCAGUAAACUAAGGGUAUGAUUUUAGUUCUCAAAGAAUGAUGUUAACCCAAGCUUCUGCAUGCUUUUUAGUAAAAUUAUGGACAAAUGGAAUAAAUCGUGGGCUUUAGAGCAUGUUUUUCUUUGGUAUUUAUGUACAAGAGAGUUUAUACAAUAGUAGUUCUCAUUGUAUUAAGACAAUAAAGGUGGUAUUUUUAUAUUCUCUUACUAUUAAUCAGAAUAUGUUUCUAGCCAGCUCUGUAUUCCCCACUUCCCUUAUUUUGCAGAGGCUUGGCAGUUUGCACAGGAUGCAUCAGUGUUGUUUAUCUUGUAUACUCAUGAUGGUAAUAAAUUGUUGUUAAAGA